CACCAUCUAUAGCCAGCGAGCGCGAGAGAGAGAGAAAAAGAGACAGAGACACCGAGAGUGAGAGGAAUAACAUUAUAGCGUAGGAAAAGCAGGUGACGAUUCUUUAGAAUCCUUAAAUAAUUUUAAUUUUGGUUUCUUUUUAAUUUGGUUUGUGGAUUCUCAGAUCUGUUUCACUUUGUGUUUUUUAAGAUUGUCUAAAAGGAAAUGGAUGGUUCAGCUGGCCUCAGUGGCAAUGGACUGGAUAUAUUUUUACAAAAUUAUAAGCUUGGAAAGACUCUUGGCAUCGGUUCCUUUGGCAAGGUGAAAAUUGCAGAACAUAUUCUGACUGGACAUAAGGUUGCCGUAAAGAUCCUUAACCGUCGGAAGAUAAAGAACAUGGAAAUGGAGGAAAAAGUGAGAAGAGAAAUCAAAAUACUGAGAUUGUUUAUGCAUCCUCAUAUAAUUAGACUCUAUGAGGUUGUAGACACGCCAGCAGACAUUUAUGUUGUGAUGGAGUAUGUCAAGUCUGGAGAGCUCUUUGAUUACAUUGUGGAGAAGGGUAGGUUGCAGGAGGAUGAAGCUCGUAAUUUUUUUCAGCAGAUAAUCUCUGGUGUGGAGUAUUGUCAUAGGAAUAUGGUGGUGCAUAGAGACCUUAAGCCUGAGAAUUUGCUUUUGGAUUCCAAAUGCAAUGUGAAGAUUGCUGAUUUUGGUUUAAGCAAUAUAAUGCGUGAUGGUCAUUUUCUGAAGACAAGUUGUGGAAGUCCAAACUAUGCUGCUCCAGAGGUUAUUUCUGGAAAAUUGUAUGCUGGGCCUGAAGUAGAUGUUUGGAGCUGUGGUGUCAUCUUAUAUGCUCUACUGUGUGGCACCCUUCCGUUUGAUGAUGAAAACAUUCCUAACCUUUUUAAGAAGAUAAAGGGAGGGAUAUACACUCUUCCGAGUCAUUUAUCGCCUGGUGCAAGAGACUUGAUACCAAGGAUGCUUGUAGUGGACCCAAUGAAGCGGAUGACUAUUCCUGAGAUUCGUCAGCACCCAUGGUUUCAGGCACAUCUACCACGUUAUUUAGCCGUGCCCCCACCUGACACCCUUCAACAAGCAAAGAAGAUUGACGAGGACAUUCUACAGGAAGUGAUUAAGAUGGGAUUCGACAGGAACCAAUUGAUUGAAUCUCUUCGGAACAGGCUACAAAAUAAGGCUACUGUUGCUUACUAUUUGUUAUUGGACAACCGGUUUCGUCCUUCUAGCGGCUAUCUUGGAGCUGAGUUCCAAGAGACUAUGGAACGUGGUUUCAAUCAUAUGCAUCAAAAUGAGGCUACACCUACAGCUCUUGGGCACCGCCCUCCAGGAUAUAUGGAUUAUCAAGGAAUGAGUGUAAAACCACAAUUUCCUGUUGAGAGAAAAUGGGCUCUUGGACUUCAGUCGCGGGCUCAUCCUCGUGAAAUAAUGACAGAAGUUCUUAAAGCUUUGCAAGAACUGAAUGUCUGUUGGAAGAAGAUCGGGCACUACAACAUGAAGUGUAGGUGGAUUCCGGGUGUCCCCGGUCAUCAUGAAGGCAUGAUUAACAAUCCUGUGCACGGUAAUAACUACUUUGGGGAUGAAUCUACCAUCAUUGAGAAUGAUGGCGUGACCAAAUCACCAAAUGUUGUCAAGUUUGAAGUGCAGCUUUACAAAACUCGUGAGGAAAAGUAUCUGCUUGAUCUCCAAAGGGUCCAUGGCCCACAGUUUCUCUUCUUGGAUCUUUGUGCUGCUUUCCUAGCACAGCUCCGUGUCCUAUGAAGCAUGAAGGCUAGCCUCAUAAGUAGACCUUUACAAGUGAAUCUCGUGAUGCUUGUGAAUUAGAAAUUAAUGUGUAUAUAACCGGUUUUUCACUUUAGUAUUCUUCCUGGUCUUUUUAUCAGGUAAUGCUUGGGUUGAGCCAAUUAAUGGUUAAUAGUGGAAUUGGUUCAUAAAUCUGGGUUUUGGCUGUCUGCCUUUUCCCUGGAUGUUUAGCUAAUGUUACGAACCCACCCUGAAUGGUGUUUUUAUGAAUUUAACAUUUGGCAAUUUACCUCUUCUUCCACUGGAGGAUGUUAAUAUGUAAAUGUUGCCUUUGAUAUUUUUCGAAUCAAAAUGGUUUAUGGAAGUUACGUUUGUAGUUGUACUGUA